AUGGUCUUCGUUAGUAGGUUGCCCUUGUCAUCCAUUAAGAAUGGUUCUGUUUGGGUCAUCGUGGAUCCAAACAGAGUUCGCCCAUUUUAUUCCAGUUCGGAGAGAUUACUCCCUGUAAAAAAGAAACUGUAUGAGGCUCUGGGUUCGAGAUUAGACUUUAGUACUACGUUCCAUCCUCAGAUCGAUGGUCAAUCUGAGAGGUCUAGCAUCCAGAUGGCACCUUACAAGGUUUUGUAUGGUCGUACGUGUCACACAGCGUUGUGUUGGACUAAGUUGGGUGAGCGAUGGAUUUUAUGUCCUGAGUUGGUUUCCGAGACUAAAGAUAAGGUUAGACUGAUUUGGGAUCAUCUGAAGGUUGCUUCUGAUAGAAAAAAGUCUUAUGCAGAUCUAAAAAGGAGAGAUAUCAAGUAUGUUGCGGGUGACUUCUUGGAGCUACCUUCAAAGUUGGACCGUAUCCAUGAUGUGUUUCAUGUUUCGAUGUUGAGGCGGUAUCGGUUUGAUCCAUCUUACAUUGUCUCUGUUGAGGAGAUCGAGGUUAGACCGGAUUUAACUUUUGAGGUGGAGUCAAUUCAGAUUUUGGAGCGAGAUAUUAAGGUUCUGAGUAGGAUGUCCAUCCCGUUAGUAAGGUUCUGUGGUGAAAUCAUGGGUGGGAAUGUAUAUGUUGAGGAAGUGUUCUGUAUGGCGACCCUUCACUUUUAUUCUGGUAGCAUGACUACUUAA